UUAUGCUCGGGGCGCCCCUCUUUCUUUCUCUUCUCCUUCAGCAAGGUAAGAUGGCGGACAUAAUUUUCUCACAAACCACGUGUAUUCAACCAAAAGUGCAUCUUUACACAUCAUUAAACAGCUUUUAACUACUUGUUUGUGUGCUUACCAGUAACGUGUGUAUUUUUCGAUGCUAGAUGCCCGGUGGUGUGACAGUAAAAGACGUUUGUCCUCACGAAUUUAUCAAAGCUUUGGCGGCCCAUUUGAAAAAGUUAGUAGUGUAGUUCCUAUCGCUGAACUUUUGCCGUUGAAAUUCUUUUAUGUAACGCUCAUAUGAUACGCCUUUGCUAUUUUGGAAAUUUAGUGUAGGGAAAGACUCUUUCUGAAGGUAUUUGCCAACUUCAUGUUUGGCUAAAUUGCUCUACUUUUUACUCUGUUUGUUGAUUUGGAGGUUAAUUUGUUUUGUUCAUGAUCAGGGGUUGCUUAUAUCCCCGCUUACAUCAGAUAUAUGAUUUUAUCAAAAAGCCACUAGCGUUCUAGAGAUCAUAGUUAAUGGCAGCAAACGAAACUGAAAUGUCCACAUUAAUGUUUUAUAAAUAAACAUUUAGUUGAUCAAACCAUACUGAAGUCAUGCAAAUCUCCAAUCAACUCUCGACAUACAUGUUUGUGAUGCAGGGCUGUCAACCACCAACGUCUUCAAAUGUUUAGGAUUGAUAGGAAAGGGAUGAUAGAUGACAUCAUAACACAUGGGGCUUGACUUCAUUUGUACCAAAAAUACCCAUUGACUGCCGUCGUAAUGAAUUUGCAAUGACACAAAACACGUGAAAAAGAUGUUGUUGGCAUUGUAACAUUUGACCUGAUUGCUUUAUUACCCACCAAUCACGUUAUUAUAUUACAAAGGCAUACUGGAGUUUAUGAGGAAACGCCUCAUGUUAACUACACAAAAUAGUUGAAAUUUUAUCGUCGGAAAGUUACGGCUACUGAAGAAAUGGCAAACUUUGGCAGUUGCCCAGGAGAUUUCAGACUCUAAUAUGGACACUGGGAGAUCUUUGUGUAAAGACAAAAAAGUGCUCGUAAGCUUAAGGUUCUUUAUUACACUCAAUCACUUAAGAGACUUACACAGUGGGCAGUUCUAACUGUUAAGCCUGUGAAGGUUGCUGUGAGGUGGCUAUUUAGGUUAGAUAUGUACAUGUACACAGGAAUCUAUCUGAACCCAAUCCUCUGCCUUCUUUGUCUUGAUUUUCACUACAAUUUCUACUUAAACUGCUUCCCCUUCUUGGCUACAGUGCAGCUCUAAAGCCCUCUUUAUGAGUUCUUAAACUUAUCAAGAGAGAUGAGUGUGGUGAAAAGGUGCCUUUGAGGCUUUUGGACCUAUGAACUGUGGCUGGGUGCAUUGCAUAACCUUGACAACCCUGAGUGACAUCCACCCAGGCACUGUCACACUACUUAUCAGUAGCCUGCGAAAAUGGUCGUUUCUCCUUGCUCCUCGCCCCUGGGGACAUUUCGCGAGGAGAAAUGUGUGCUACUCAGCUACAGAAUUUCUGUACUGAUGACAUAAAUCAGUGUUUACACAAAAAAUCUGGUAGUCAUGGGGUUCCAAAUGCAGAUUUGUUCAAUUUUGGUUAAGUGAUGAGUUCAUCUGCGAACGAGCUCCAGCAAAACUUAAAUGCUUCUUUUAGAGAAGAAUAUAUUCCACAGAUAUUGACUUAUUUGUUACAGUUUCAUCGCGUUUAAAUUUGACCUUUGUGGCCUUUUGUCUUUUGUCUGUCAUUCGUACACAAUAUCUAAAACAAUGUAACUUGAAGAGCGAGGAGAAACGACUGUUUUUGCAGGCUAGCAUAUCAGUGGAACCUAACGUACUUAACACAUAGUUUAUAGGGGAGGGGGGGAAGGGUAGAGAACAGAAAAACACUUUGCAAAUACAAGCCAUGAUAGGCAAUGACACAUGAACAUAAUGGCCUGACCUUAAGAGAAAGGCUGUAAAAUAACCUGUAUGCCCUUGCGACACCAUUAGGGUACCCGGCCUAACAUAUCUCCUAUGAGAGACUGCUGGCCAGCCAUGUCUCAAUUUAAACUUAUCCUAAGUUAGUUUUAUUUAGCCACAUUUAAAACUGCUGUGUAUACAUUAGAUUAAUUUUAAGUUUAAGCAUAAUCCUUGUGGUCAUACAUUAGUAACUACUUAUUCACAGUCUGAAUAAUGUUUGUGAUUAGGGGUGGAAAGCUGAAAGUACCAGAAUGGGUUGACCUGGUGAAAACUGCGAAAAGCAAAGAACUUGCUCCUUAUGAUCCUGACUGGUAUUUUAUCCGAGCAGGUGAGCAGAAGUUAGUGGCAAAUGGUUUUGUUGAGUGAUAUUGCAUUUGUUAGCUCGUAAGAAGAAACAGUGCUAUUCACUAAUUUCUAUUUUACUGGAAUUUGUCAAUACCUCACUGGAGGGGGAAAACACUAAUAAGUUAUGUAAGCUGUUUAGCAGUAUUGCACCUAUUAACAUUGAGGAAGAAAGUUAUGUUAUUUCAUUGUUACAGGAAUUUGUCAAUCCUCAUCUAAGGGGAAAAAGUUACUGUUAAAGGAGUUGUGUCACGAAAUUCAGUCAAAUUAGGAAAUUACCAAAUGCCCAUUAAAUUGAGAGAAACAUAAAAAUAACCGCUUAAAACUUUAAAGGAAGGUUAAAAUAGCAUAACAGAAACAACAGAUGCCAUUGAUGGGCAAAACUGAAGAAGACUGAAAUGGAUUGAAAUCAGGGUUUUUGAAAACUGUUCAGCCCAACAGUUUUUCAAAGUUGAUCCCUGCUGCUUGCAACUUCAAAAAUAAUGCUCAGGAGACAUAUUUGUUUGUCUCGGAUCUCUGAUUUUGUCAUUUACCUGUAAUUUCUUUGCUUACUUUAAGUUCCAAAGCGAUUGAGGGCGAGUAAUUGGCAAAACUAAGCAAAAUGAACUGGACUGCCGUGACACAGCUCCUUUAAGAGGAACAAUUUAAACUUAAAACAUGUUCAUACUCAGGGCUCAAAAUUAAUAAUUUUUUUGGCUAACCGUGGCGGGUUACUAAGGCUCAUUUUUAGUAACAAGGUGUUCGAAACUACAAACGGUUGGUUAAUGGGUUACCUUUAAUUUUGAGCCCUGAUACUUAUUAUAUAUUGGUAAGUUAACUUCUUAACAUCAGAUACUUAACAAUUUCUCUUUUAACAAAAGGGUUAGAUAUUGUACCUAAACAAAAGCUUCUGUCUGACAUCUAACAUCAAUUAGUAAAAUCCAACUAGUGGUCUAUUGUCAAUGCUGCGUUCUGAUUGGUUGAGCUACUACUACACUAUAUGUUAUAACCUACUGGUAGUGAAAAGCGCACGCUUUUUGGCAGCAAAAAAAGAUUAAAGUCUAGCUUUAACUAGCUAAAAUUUUUUUAUUCUCGAUAUUUUUGACCAACUAGUUGGAUUUUACUAAAACAAUUAUUCCUCUCGCCCUCAUGGGCUAUUGACUCAGAGCCCAUUCGGGCUCGAGGAAUAAUUGUUAAUUAGUUGCCUCUACUUCCUUUUUUCUCAUGCGUAUGCUUCGUGCUUUCUGCUUUCUUCUUUGUUCUGGGUUUGUUUAUGCUUUCAUUGUUGUUUAUUUAUUGGGUUUAUUUAGUAUUUGUUUAUUCAUUGUGGAAUUUUUUUAAUAUAUGCUUGAUUAUGAAGCAAUCAACAUAAACGUAAGCUGGAGUCUAACAUUUUAGGUUGUAAGCACGUCGAAGUUUCCAAAUAGAAUUUUAAAAGAAAUUGAAUAAAAGUGUACAUUUGUAACCAAAACAGAUUUAAGGGAAAAGUGAAUAAAGUUGUAUUUUAUGUAGUAUCAUAUCACAUUGAAAGUUGUAUCAUAUAAAUCUUACUAAUCAUCCAUUUAUUUUCCUUUGGUUUUAGCCUCCAUCCUUCGUCACGUGUACCUUCGCAAUGGAAUUGGUGUGGGUCACCUUACACGUGUUUAUGGAGGUAACAAUAAUUGGUUUAUAAAAAAUUCUUGUUCAUUUUAAAGUGAUUUAGUUCCUGUAUGUCUUUUGAUAUUUUAAGACAUUGUCUGUCUUGACUCAAGUGAUUCAUUCCAGCAGGGAUGCAUGUCACAUUAAUUAAGCCUUGCAAAUUUAAAGUGAAUUUCCAAAAUGUUCAAAUCUGUGCAGUACAUGUAGAACUCUUUUCAAGAGCUAGCAAUGUAUAAAAUCUUGUCUUUGAUCUAUAAGAUUGUAAGCAAUAUGAAAGCUUCGGUUGAUCUGUUAAACAUAAUUCUAACAAGAACUCUUUUGAUAGCAUUAAAUCGUGCUUGUGUGGAGAUUAGAUAAGAAAGAAAUGAAAAGGCAAUUAAUACACAAAAGAGGAUAACCUCACUAGAAGUUUUUCAUGUCAUACUUUAUCCACAGUUGAGUAUUUUGUAUUGUAUUUGAUGAUUUGUUUCUGAAUUGAAUGAGUACCUGUGUAUAACUACACAAAAAUCAAAGGCCUUGAUACAAGAGAAAUAACAUUGCCAAAGAGCAAAACGUGAUGAACAUGUUGCAUCACUUCAAUCAUUGCUAAAAAUUAACCGCAUGCUCUUCACGAGACUCAUUUGCAGACAAUGAAAGUUUGCAACACCUGACCAUGUAACCAUUGCUCAUUAAGAUUCUUCUUUCUUUCACUACUGACAUGUUCACUUGUUCCAAGGUUAUCAACGCUUUCAAGCAAUAGAUUUCGUGGACUGACCCAUUCCGGAAAAGCUUUACAUCUUUCUCAUUAAUCUAUCUUAAGCUUUCUUCACAAAACAUGCAUGGCGCCGGUCACGCUUCAAUUCUUAUCCACAGUUUCCACGGUCUCCGCUAAGAUCCCCUGGGGCCAUGACUGCCCCUUUUGGUGUGUACAAAUGAAAAGAGUAUCAACAGCGUGUUAAAGAUAAAUUUUUUAUCACUGUUAUGUUACACGUAUAUUUAUUUGAAAGCAAGAAGCAAGCUAAACAAACAGCCUGUUGUUGUUGAACAGGGCGCAAGCGACGAGGCUCAAGACCCAGCCACUUUGAGCGUAGCUCAUCUUCUGUAGCACGCAGUGUGUUAAAAGGCCUUGAACAGCUGAAGCUCAUUGAGAAAGACAGCAGUGGGUAA